GUUCAGGGCCUGUGACACAUGUAUCAGCGCAUGGAGUGACAAAAUGCACAAAUCAAUGCUAUAAUUGAGGGCAGUGCUGAUUUAGAGACCCUUUCUUUUGUAUAUUGCAUACUUCAACAUGCCACGUGUAAAGGCCCAUGAACUCCGCUCUAAGAAGCCCGACGAGCUCGAGGCUCAGCUUACUCAGCUAAAGACUGAGCUAGCUAACCUUCGUGUUGCCAAGGUGACCGGUGGAGCUGCUUCCAAGCUGUCCAACAUCUCUGUGGUGCGCAAGUCUAUUGCUACCGUCCUUACGGUAAUCACCCAGACCAGACGUGAGCAUCUACGUGCCCACUACAAGGGUAAGAAGUACGCUCCCCUUGAUCUUCGCGUAAAGAAGACGCGUGCUAUCAGACAACGUCUUUCCAAGGCCGAUGCUUCACGCAAGACCCUUUCCGCACAGAAGAAGGCUAUGCACUUCCCCAUGCGUAAAUACGCUGUUAAGGCAUAAACGUAUUUAAAGUUGAUGUGUAAUAUAUGGCGUCUUUCCUUUCAAAUGACUGAGCUUUUUGUUCUAAAAUCUAAGAUUUAAUAUCAAUCACAUUUAUCAGUGUGUUUUGUGUCAUCUGAACGCAGUGCGUGUUUUAGUAACAUAAUUGACUGUGUUUAUGUCUGAAAUCGUUGGUAAAAGUACAUUUUUUUUGGGUUUCUCGCAUACAAAUUUCUUGUGGUAGUUGUAUGUUGGUCGGUGAUGAAUAACACGAGGCAUUUGUAUUAGUCUGACUGUGAUGUGUGCCUGUUUUUCACGCCGUUUUGGCAUUGGAAUUCAGUGCCAGUAUCGAUGUUGGCAUGAUUACAAACCCGUACCAAUUCCUGAGACCAAUGGAAAUUUAUGAUUAUCAACUCUUUACACUAUCGGUUCAAAAUAAAACCUGAAUAUAUAACUUUGGAAUGGUUUAUACAUAUAUUCGUUGUUAUGAAUGUAAGUUUUGACGUCUGUCCGACUUGAUUGACACUAGCUAUAUAUUGCAAGGGAGUGUUCACAUUGCGUGCGCUCGGUACAUAUGAACACAUAUUCACUCCUCGAGACAAGUUUGUUGCAAGAUGCUGUAUUGAGAGAGCAUCACACAAACGUUACAGCAUCUGUGGCGACUUUAUUGGGAUCGUCAGUGAGGAUAAGACUACACUAGAAAUCGUGGAACCAUAUUGGUACUUCACCGCGACGGUAGUAUGGUGGCAGCAAGGGCCGUGUGGAAUUCUUGCGGUGUAGAGUUCAUCAUGGUAUGAUCCCGAAUAUUCUAUUAUCGACUGUAACGAUGUUGCGACGUGUGAUGCGUCGGGUGAAAGAAUAGGCACAGUACAGAACAUGACGAAUUGCGGCGAGGGUCAGCGAUUCGAGUUGUUCAGAAUUGUGAAGUGGCCUACGUUUGUUUCGAGGCGUUAGGUGAAAUCUGGCUGAGACGUAAUUGUGAGGAUGUAGGGCGUUAAAUGGAUUACUCAGAGAGAUGAAUGGCGAAUCGUCGUAUCACUAAAUGAAUGGUGGUACACAGAACGGAGUUUGUAUACAGAACGAAUUAGUUGAACUGCGAGAUUCAAUUGGCUUAUGAUUGACUUACACGAGGCAUUUGUAUUAGUCUGACUGCGACGUGUGCUUACUUUCCCGCCGUUUUGGCACUGGAGAGC